AUGGCCAAGUUCAUAAAAAACAAAGUAAUGUUGUAUAAUGAUUCUUAUUAUGGUGACUUUUCGCUUGAUGUAAGUAAUGUGAGCCGUCACGCGGCUCAACGAGCGGAAGAACGAAAAAUUCCUGUUGCAGAACUCUUGAAAUCGCGAAGUCACAUCAAUGGAUACAUUGAUAAAGUGGUGAGCAAAACGGGUGUAGUUAUCACCGCAUAUCCACGCCGAAUUAAUGAACUGCCUGAAUAUGGUAGACGUUUUGCGUUUCCAAAAGAUGGUAUUGGUCUAUUCAUUGGUGAACAACAUGCGAAUAUCAAACUUAUCCAAGCUGAAUAUCAGCUGAAGUCGCUUUAUUUUGAUGAACAUAACACUCUCAUUGCCGUCGCACCAACGAGCGAUUACGAUUGGACAUCAGUAGAGAGGAUGAUUGAAAACGCACGCAAAAGAAAAUAUAAACCACAGCAGCAGCCAUUAGUGAAGAAGAAUAACAAAGACAAGUGA